AUGUCCAACCAUCCCCGCACAUCUCGCCCCAAGCCUCCUCCCCCCGGCAACGAAGAAGCAUCCGCGACUCUGAACCUCGGAGAGUUCCAGAAUGUCGACACCCUCACCCUAUCAGAAGCCGCGCUUGUCCUGAAUGCGCUGGUCGCGAAGCGUCGCAACGACCGGAAGAACGUGAACGAGACCGAAAUGCUGAACCAAACCCUAAAUUACCUGGACCAUUUCGCGCGAUUCACGCAGAAGGAGAAUGUCGAGGCUGUAGAGCGCCUUCUGAGCGCGCACAAGAACCUGGAGAAGUUCGAACGAGCGCAGCUUGGGUCACUGUGCUGCGAGAAUGCAGACGAAGCCAAGACGUUGAUCCCAUCUCUCACUGAUAAGAUCAAGGACGAGGAUUUACAGGACCUUCUUGACGAGAUCUCCAAGUUGCAAAACCGAUGA